UUGCUUUCUGUAUACCACGGAACGGUAAAAUUUCUCCUUGUUACUAGUUGUUUUACUUAACUAGGUCUUGGUUGAAUUAAAAACGGUCACUCAUUUAGCUUUGUCGGUAUUACUAAUGAUGGGGACUCCCUUUGUUGUGCAGUCAUUUUUUAUCGUAUGAAGAUAAGUCAUUGAGGAAAUUUUCGAAUAUUGAUAGUCGAUUUUAUGCAAAACUACUAUUGUUAACUUUUGUUUCUUUUAACAGGACUAUAUACAUGUAAUACUUCACAGAUGUGUGCUCUAUGUUACCUCACGAGAGUAGAAUCGUUCUCAGCCUGUCAUCGUCUUCAUUCACAACAUCUUAGUAAUGAAGAAAAUGUUGAACUGUUUCAAAAAUGUAAUAAUCCUAUGGGACAUGGUCAUAAUUACAAAUUAGAAGUCACAGUUUCAGGACCUAUCGACCAAAGAACCGGUAUGAUUAUGAACAUAAGUGACUUGAAAUCAGUUGUUCAAAAAAAUGUUCUCGACCUAUUAGACCAUAAAAAUAUAGAUGAAGAUGUUGAAUAUUUUAAAAACAAUAGUAUUGUAUCAACUACGGAAAACCUAGCAGUUUUCAUAUGGUCACAAUUAGUCAAUGCUAUCCCUAAUAAUUUACUUUACGAAGUCAAAAUAUGGGAAACUGAAAAGAAUAUCGUAACUUAUAGAGGUGAAAAAAUAAAUCACAAGUAAACUACACCUCUAAAAAAUUAUUAUAUUACUAAAUUAUUUAUG